GAGCUCCGCUGAACACAAGCGGCAGAAGAACAGAUGUGUCACGUGACUUCCGCUCGAGGCCUCACGCAGUGUGUGUUUGAGAUUGUGAAUCGAUGAGCAAACUUUGGGUUUAAAGCUGCACAUCAGUGUCUGUGAUGGCGUCUGGAUCACCGUGUGUGAACAGCAGAUGGGAUCGGCCCAAAGCGGACGUGCUGCCGGAUGAGUCCCGCGGCUCCGUGUCCUCUCCCACAGACGCGUCCGGAGCUCCGCAGGGCGGCGUGGAGAUGGCGGCGGCGAUGGCGGCCAAGAUCAACGCCAUGCUGAUGGCCAAAGGCAAACUGAAACCACUGCAGCCGCUGCCCAGUAAAGCGCCUCCAGCUCUUCCCGUCGCCGCUGAUGAGCUCAUCGUGGCUGAAGUCGACAUAAACGACGUGCCGAUGGAGUGCAGGGAACUGCUGACCAAAGGCAAAACUCAGGACGAGAUCGGGCAGCUGAGCGGCGCAGUGGUGUCCACUAAAGGCCUGUACAUGAGCGACACAGACAGCAGCGCAGGCGCGGCGAGACCGCUGUAUCUGCACGUGCAGGGCCGCCAUCAGGAGCACGUCAACAAGGCAGUGGCCAGGAUAAAGGAGAUCAUCUCUGAGGACGUCCUGCGCUCGUCGGGUGGACAGCAGCCCGCUGUGAUGCCCACUGUCCCGGUGUACCGUCAGACCGUCCCGUCUGCUGCACGCGCUCCCGCCGUCCCCGGACACAAACCGGCCCCGCCGCACACAGGGAGUUUUGUGCACACUAAGAUAUUUGUAGGCCUGGAGCAGUCGCAGCCGUCCUUUAACGUGAGAGAGCGUGUGGAGGGACCGUCCGGCUCGUACCUGCAGCACAUUCAGUCUGAGACCGGCGCUCGUGUCUUCCUCCGAGGCAGAGGCUCCGGAUACAUCGAGCAGGCGUCCCGCCGCGAGUCCUUCGAGCCGCUCUAUCUGUACAUCAGCCACCCGAACGCCGCCGGACUGGACGCGGCCAAGAAGCUGUGCGAGAAUCUCCUGGACACGGUGCGGGCGGAUCACGCGAGGAUGGUGUCGUCGUAUCCCUCCACAGCUUCUGCUCCAGUUUACCCGUCACACGGAUACUCUGCAAAUAACAGCUACGGCGGUCAGUCGUGGUACGGCUACCCGAGCUCCUAUCCCACAUACCCCGCGGCCUUCUGGAACAGCUCCAGCGGUGCGACCGGCCAAUCACAGCCGAGCAGCGGCGCGGUGCAGUAUCCGGUGUGCAAACAGAGCGGCUUCCUGCUGCAGGAUGAGGAUGCAGCGGCAGACAGAGCAGACGGUGCCUCCAGUCCAAAGCAACACUAUGCAGAAGAGGAACAGAAAGCACAGAUCUCCACAGAUGUUUUGGAGAAGAACGUCGGUGCAGCAGACGACAGCAGGUCUCCGUCUGUCCUGUUUCUGUCUUCAAUUAUGACAUUGAUGCCGCCGCCAGCAGCUCCAAUCAGAAAGAGACCGAGAGAAGAGACCUGCAGCAAAGCUCUCACACACACAGCUGAGGUGAAGAAUGAGCUGAUGAAGUCUCUGAUCUCUGCAGCUGAAGAACAGCUGAUGAUGAAGAAGAUGAAGAUUCCAGAAGAUUCCAGCAGCUCCUCUGGACUCGUUCCGUACGGAGGAGAUUCAUCAGACGAGGGAGGAGCGCAUGCGCAGCGGGAAUAAGAGCUAGAGUCUGAACGCAGAACUGCAGCAUCACAGACUUUUUAUUUGAUUAAGUUUUAUUUUACACAGGACUGAUGUGCAACUGUUCCUAUGGAAUAAAAGAAAUAAACACCA